GGUGGACCUGCCUGUCAGAUGGUUUGUUGUUAUACUGUCUGCCAGGGCUGAGAGGAGAAUGUGAAAGUGACAAAGCUAUCAAGAUAACCAGGAAACAGGACCGCCACAGCCACGUCCAAUCAGAUGGAGCUUCAGCAGCCGUAACUUUGUUUGACGGAGGGAAAGACUUUAGCUGCAAACGCUUGUCAAGCUCAGGUUUGUUGAAGCCAUCUGCAGAACAGAGGCAGCGGAAAAGAGAGCCGUGCUGUGUGUUGUUUUUGCAGUGGAGACGUGAAAGUCUUUGGUGGAAGAUACAAUGAGAGAAGAGGUUUCCUGCACCAACUCCCCUGAAGGAGGACUGGGGGCCAGCGAAGAGGAACUGGAGAGAGGAUCGAAGAAGGGUCUCCAAGCAGGAAACCGAAAGCGUUCCCCGUUUCCCAAGAAGGACAGUCUCGGUCAGGCAGAGGAGAGCAGCACCGGCAGCCCCACCAGCCUGCUGCCUGCCGGGCCGAAGAGGGUGAAGAAAAGCCCCACGACAGUCGUGUCACUGGCCUCCACGUCGCUGGGCCCCAGGCCGGAUCAGCCCUUUGAGGACCUCCACUCUCAACGUGUCAUAGCCAAUGUGCGGGAACGUCAACGCACUCAGUCCCUGAACGACGCCUUCGCCUCUCUACGCAAGAUCAUCCCCACGCUACCUUCAGACAAGCUGAGCAAGAUCCAGAUCUUGAAGCUGGCGUCACGCUACAUCGACUUCCUCUACCAGGUGCUGCAGAGUGACGAGAUGGACGCCAAGCUGGCCAGCUGCAACUACCUGGCCCACGAAAGACUCAGCUACGCUUUCUCCGUCUGGAGGAUGGAAGGGGCCUGGGCCAUGUCCACCAGCCACUAGAACCCCCUCAAUUAUUUCUCCUAAAUCCUCUCGUGUCCUCAUCUCCGUCCCACCACCUCUGUCUGUGUUUGCGCCCAUUUCCUGACCCCUGAACUUCUGAAUUCAUGCCUUUUUUUUGGUGCAAUCUCAGUCCCUUUUAUCUCAAAACCUUUUGCAUAUGUUUCUCAUCCUGCUCCGUCUCCUAAAGCUCCUCACAGCUCAGCCUGUUCUUCUGCAAUGUUUCCACUCUUCUCCUCUUGUCAGUCCCACAGUUUAGUCCAGUGCAACCAGACGCUCCACUGCAGCCCCUCAGAAUACCAACAAAUGGAAACUUCUCAUCACUCGUCGUAGAAAUUUGCCCCUGCCUCGACAUCCAUCCCCUCCUUUUUUUUUCUUUCUUUCAUUCUUUUAUUUUU